AUGGGAUCCCAGAAAAUCAAAGUUGCCAAUCCCAUCGUCGAGAUGGACGGAGAUGAAAUGACUCGAGUUAUCUGGAAGUCAAUCAAGGAUAAGCUCAUUUUGCCUUUCUUGGAGUUGGACAUCAAGUACUUUGACUUAGGCCUUCCUUAUCGUGAUCAGACUGAUGAUAAAGUUACAGUUGAAAGUGCUGAAGCAACUCUCAAGUAUAAUGUUGCAAUCAAGUGUGCAACUAUCACUCCAGAUGAAGCCCGUGUCGAGGAGUUCGGCCUGAAGAGCAUGUGGAGGAGUCCAAAUGGGACAAUCAGGAAUAUUUUGAAUGGAACUGUCUUCAGAGAACCAAUUAUUUGCAAAAAUGUCCCUCGCCUUAUUCCUGGUUGGACAAAGCCAAUAUGUAUUGGAAGGCAUGCUUUUGGUGAUCAAUAUCGGGCCACUGAUGCAGUUAUUAAGGGACCUGGAAAGCUGAAGCUGGUGUUUGUUCCGGAAGGCCAAGGUGAGACCACUGAUUUGGAAGUUUAUAACUUCACCGGUGAAGGAGGUGUUGCAUUGGCUAUGUACAACACUGAUGAGUCUAUUCGUUCUUUUGCUGAGGCCUCUAUGGCAACUGCUCUUGAGAAAAAAUGGCCACUUUAUCUUAGCACCAAAAAUACAAUUCUGAAGAAAUAUGAUGGAAGAUUCAAGGACAUAUUUCAAGAAGUUUAUGAGGCAAGCUGGAAAUCCAAGUAUGAGGCUGCUGGUAUAUGGUAUGAGCAUCGACUCAUUGAUGAUAUGGUGGCAUAUGCACUCAAGAGUGAAGGAGGUUAUGUAUGGGCAUGCAAGAACUAUGAUGGAGAUGUCCAGAGUGAUUUCUUAGCUCAAGGUUUUGGAUCAUUGGGUUUGAUGACAUCUGUAUUGGUUUGCCCUGAUGGAAAGACUAUUGAAGCAGAAGCAGCCCAUGGCACAGUUACCCGUCAUUUCAGGGUUCAUCAAAAGGGCGGAGAAACCAGCACAAACAGCAUAGCAUCCAUCUUUGCUUGGACAAGAGGUCUCGCCCAUAGGGCAAAGCUAGAUGACAAUGCUAAACUCUUGGAGUUCACUGAAAAGCUAGAGGCAGCUUGUAUUGGAGUAGUGGAGUCUGGGAAGAUGACUAAGGAUUUGGCACUUAUUCUUCAUGGAUCCAAGCUUAAAAGGGAGCAUUAUUUGAACACAGAGGAAUUCAUCGAUGCUGUGGCAGCCGAGCUUAAAUCUAAGAUCUCUGCAUAG